UUAUAUAUAUACGGAGUAGGAAGAAACAAAUCAUAUAUCUAUCCGUACGCCGCUUAGUUAGGGUUUCAGUGGAGAGUUUCAAUGGCGAAUCAGCUGCACGGAUACAACCCUAGCAGCUACGGUGGAGGAGCGGCGGGAUUGUAUUCCUCAAGAUCCAUAGCCGAUUCUUACCUAUCGGGCGAAUCAUCUUUCCUCGGUUCUUCCCGGUACAUGGGUGCCGAUCCUUCUAGUUAUUCAGACAGAGGAUCAUCCAUGCUCUUCAGCCAGAGCGAUGCGCUCAGAUUUUCCGCUGCGGACAUCGGAAGCAGGAGUUACGGAGGAGGCAUUGGCGUUUCGCAGGCGUCAUGGCCCGGUCUUGACAUUGGCUCCGCUGCCGACCCUCUUGGUGCGGGAUUCAAGAGGUCUUCUGAAUCGCUCUAUCAUCAGACUCUUCUCGGCGCCCAUAAUGCGAUUGGGCAGAGUGAUGCUUGGUUUUCUUCCAACCCUUUAGCCAAGCGCCCUAGAUUUGAGAGUACAAGCAAUUUGCCUAUUUAUCCACAGAGGCCAGGAGAGAAGGACUGUUCUCAUUAUAUGCUCACAAGAACCUGUAAGUUUGGAGAUAGCUGCAAGUUUGACCAUCCUAUUUGGGUUCCAGAAGGUGGAAUCCCAGAUUGGAAAGAGGUACCACUUAUUCCCACUAGUGAAUGCCUUCCUGAGAGACCAGGAGAGCCAGAUUGUCCUUACUUCCUGAAGACUCAGAGAUGCAAGUUCGGUGUUAAAUGCAAAUUUAACCAUCCGAAAGACAUACUUUUAUCUUCGGAUGCUCAGGAGAGCGCUGGCAUUAAUGUCUUACCAGAGAGGCCAUCUGAGCCCCCUUGUGCGUUCUAUGUGAAGACUGGAAAAUGUAAAUUUGGUGCUACCUGCAAAUUUCACCACCCGAAAGAUAUCCAAUUACCAUCAGCUGCAGAAGAUAAUGGUAGUGAUGGGCAUGCUGUCACAGCUGUUAGUAAUGAGGGAGCAACUGGAGAGGUGAAGCCCAUGAAGCCACUCUUUACCCCGGCAUUAUUGCAGAAUUCCAAAGGGCUUCCUGUCAGGCUGGGUGAGGUGGAUUGUCCAUUCUACUUGAAAACUGGCAGUUGCAAGUACGGAGUCACUUGCCGUUACAAUCAUCCAGAAAGAUAUGCUAUUAAUCCACCUGCUGCUGCAAUAGGCCCUGCCAUAAUGGCUUCUCCUGCAGCGCAUUUGAGCAUUGGAGUAGUUAACCCAGCAGCCUCCUUUCUGCAAACCAUCGACCCGAGGCUGACUCAGACAACGCUCGGACUGGCCCCAACCAUUUAUCCCCAGCGCCCUGGGCAGAUUGAAUGUGAUUACUACAUGAAAACUGGUGAGUGCAAGUUCGGGGAGAAGUGCAAGUUUCAUCACCCCAUAGAUCGGUCAGCACCCACUCUGUCAACAGUGGAAUCCCAACAACAAACCGUUAAGCUCACUCUCGCAGGCCUACCUAGGAGAGAGGGUGCGGUUCACUGUCCUUACUAUAUGAAGACUGGCACAUGCAAGUAUGGUGCAACGUGCAAAUUUGAUCACCCGCCUCCAGGAGAGGUCAUGGCUAUGGCAACGUCACAAGUUACAUCCACAUCUGUUGGAGGGGAAGGAAAAGAGGAUGAAACCGUUAAAGAACAGCAGCAGUGAAUGGCUGGGAGCUAUCUGUGGGCCUUUUCCACCGUGGUGUCCUUGUGACAGUUUCCUCGUAAUUUAAUUUUCGCAUCGCAGAUUCCUCUCCAACUUUUGUUGUAUCUCUUUGAUGAGCAAGUACUAAGAUGGCUAUUGUAUGUUUGGGUGUCCUGCAAUUUACUUGUUGAAUUUGUUGCCGUUAUUUGGUUUAACUUUAGAAAAAGUACUUUGGCUGAUGGUUCCAUAGUGUAGUGUAACGCAUAAUGCAUGUCAUUGGGACUUGGGAGUAUUUGUUGAUA